UGCCGUGUGAUCGCCAUCAUCUGCAUGCGGUGCUUACCAGUGGCUUUUUUUUCGAAUCGAUGUUCUGCUGCAGUCAUCCGUUGUGCAAGAAGAAGGGGUGAUUGAUGGAUUGAUUUAUUGAUUGAUUGCUUCCUCGAAUUUCGUCCUCAAGUUUUUUUCAAGUCCGCUGCUGCGGCUUCAUCUUGGACCUAUUGCUGAGAAUCAGUAUCUUGUUCAUUUUGGAUGAAGCCUUAUGCGACUGAUCGAGGUGUCCUGAUUUGGCGACGACUUGAGUCCUUACAAUGGAGUAGUUGUGCUGGUCUAUGGACGUGAAGGUCUUGGAUUUCAGAAUUGUAUAUUCGCCCCCCACGUUUGUGUACUCUCCCCCACCUUUCUUCCCUCCCCCCCGCCUCCUAUCCUCUACUUUCAUUUCUUACAGUGUGAAACCCAAUCCCUAUGUCGGCUACGUGCUGUAUUCCAUAUUUCUCCCGAAGGGAAUGCAAAAAUGCAAAACCAGGUUCCGUUCCCGGUGUCGAUUUUGAGUUUCCUUCUGUGGCAACAUGGGCGACAUCAAAAAGCAUCGACUCGUCUGGCACAGUUGCUUCAGGACGUGGAGGGAGCCCGAACGUAGCGUUGCGCCGAUUCACCAUUAGUGAGCUGAAGUCGGCCACAAAUAAGUUUAGCGAAGUCAACGUUCUUGGUGAGGGAGGUUAUGGCCGGGUGUACAAGGCCACGCUCUCAAAGGGAGUUUUGGCGGCAGUGAAACGAGCGGCGCAGCAGUCCUUCCAAGGGGAGAAGGAGUUUCACACGGAGAUUGAACUGCUCUCCAGCGUCGCGCACCCAAACCUCGUCCGGCUUCUAGGAUAUUGCAACGAGAAAGGUACACAGAUGCUGGUUUACGAGUACAUCCCUCAAGGAACUCUUCGCUCUCAUCUUUCCCGGAGGGCCACACGCCCACUGACCUUUCAGGAGAGGGUGGAGAUCAUGGUCGGUGCGGCAAAUGGCAUCGCUUUCUUGCAUUCCAACGUCAACCCGAUUAUACAUCGCGACAUCAAGACCGCUAACAUUCUCCUCACGGACGAUCUUGUAGCGAAGGUGGCAGACUUCGGGUUAGGGAAGCUAGCCCCGGACGGUGCAACCCACGUGUCGACCGUCGUCAAGGGUACCAUGGGGUACAUGGACCCUGACUACUACAUGACCAACCAGCUCACCGAGAAGAGUGAUGUUUACAGCUUUGGAGUUGUCAUUCUUGAGGUAUUCACCGGUCGGAGCCCCAUCUCAAAGGGCCGCCACAUUGCCGUUGAGAUGCGUACGUAUAGGAAACAAGGUCGGAUGAUGGAGCUUGUCGAUCCGACGAUCAAGGGGCAAUUCGAUGACGAGGUAAUGGACCAGGUCAUUGCACUUGCGCUCGCCUGUUGUUGCGAUCUCCCCAAAAAUCGGCCCACCAUGACUAAGGUCGCGCAGGAACUCAAAGCAAUUGCUAAUGCAGGCAUCGCAGGUGUCGUCCUCACCACUGGCAGUAUCGAUUUGACGACGAAGGCCAGUUCGCCGAUCACAGGGGAAGAGGAUUUGUACGGAGCGAUGGUAUCAGAAGGUGACAGUCUUGGAAAUACAGCAGAGUAUGAGGAUCCAACGAUGAUCACAACUCGUAUUGACGACUGGACGCAAGUGGUGCCAAGAUGAGAGGAGAAACAAAACCAAACUGCGGACUUAUUCGCAGCAAAUAACUAUUGUGGGCAACAGUGAAAUUUGACCACUUGGUGCUCGUAUAUCUCAAGGAACACUGCCGGACUGUGCCUGCGUCUUUAACAAGUGCCCAAUAGUCGUACCAGCGGCUGUGGUCGCUCGGGCAGAAUAAAAGCUGUGAGAGGUAAGCUCUUGAUUAGAUACAAAGAAUGCAUCCGGGGAGAGGGGGGCCAGGAAAAAGAGUCGAGCAAGGAUUUAGCGCUCAGUAUUUCGCUUUGGCUAGUCUGUGGACAUUGUCCACAUUAUUUUUUUGUCUUUCUGCUUUGAAUGUGUAUUUCUGUUAGGUAUGGUGCAUGGUGAAGGCUCAAGCAAUUUUUAUGAGCUGAAGUCUUGAUUGCGGUAGGCUGUUGAAAAUGCGUACGUUGAGCUUGAUGCUGCAGUUCUCCGACUUAUCUUCUGGAUUUCUAAAUGUGUGUCUCGACUCUCGAUUGACGUCGACAUUCCGCCUCCUCUACCUCAGUUAGUUGUGCAGGACCACAGCAGCAGCAGCAGCAAUCCCCAAGAUGUGCCCGUCUAGCCACAAGACAGCAGCAGCACACCUCGCGAAGGUGCAUGAAUCAUGAUAUAGAAGCUGCUGCUGGCCCAUCUACAAAGGUGUGCAGAGGCGGACAGAUCAUCAUUUCAAUGUAUACGCCGGUGGCUUUACAGCGAUGGGAAUACAUGGCGAUUUUUUUGACGCAUGUGUGCAGCCAGGGUUGUUUUCACACACUGGCCAUGUAGGUAUGAUGUACACAGGACACCUGCGCACUGCCUUGGGAAGUUGGUGCGUAGGGUUCUCUUCUCUUUCAGCUAGUCAAGUAGGAGGAGCACAAGCCUGGGAACAUGAAAGCUGGCUUUGUACAGAAAGGUGCAGUAGCCUAGUAGUACCAUGACAGUGGGCUUUGUACAGAAAGGUGCAAAGGAAAAAGGACACCACUCAUGAUGCAGCCACGAAGAAACUUACGCUGAAAAUAAUGACAGAACCGCACUGGAGUCUGUGCCAGUGGGUAAAAAGCUUUAUGGAACUGGAAAGUCUGUGCCAGAGUGACUUGGGUGGGGUGAAACACACUCCCCUCCCAAGAACACGGUAUCGGCACAGCUGUGACUUGUUAGGGCUCACGGUCAAGCUCCCUAUUUGUGCGCAUGGCAGCAGAUGUGCAUUCCUUUGGUGUAUCAAUUGCCUCCUCUGGUGGGUGGGUUGGAGCCAGUGCUGAUCCAUCGAAGGACGCAUCUUUCCCGAGUCCAUCGAAGGACGUAUCUUUUUCCGAUUCCAUCGAAGGACAAAUCUGUCCUGCAGAGCUGUGAUUGUUGAGCGUGGGGAGACCGUGGUCGGCGGCAGAGAUGCGCAUAGAUGUCGGCGGGCGACAUUUUGUGCAUUGGAUUCGGGUGUGGGAUGCUCGAGGCAACACACGUUACCUGUGCAGCUGAGGCACAGCACAUUAAGCCUCAGCGUUAAGAACUGUGCGGACGAUCGACGCGCGAAGAGAGGGCAACACAGGGAGUCCAGUGUAGGGGGCCUACCUAUCGGUAGGGGCCACAUCUUGAGGGCAGUUGUGAUGGUUGUUGCUUUACUGCAAUGAAAACUGCCUGUGGUGGUGGUUUGGGGUCUGGAUGCAGGGAGUCCAAUGUAGAGGGCGGGCACAUCUAGAGGGCAGCCAUGAUGGCUGUCCAUCUAGAUAAUUGCGGUUGAUAUGUGAAGGAACUUUUUUCUGGUGGUUUAGCUCCUGAUUCUGUGUGGUUUGGCUCUUGAUGGACAAAAAGCUCACACAAUGCCAUCAUCAGUCUGGCUGUGAGCGACAGGGUUUAGCACCGAGGUAGCCGUGGACGAGAGGCAAUCAUCAUGGAGAGCUCCAUAGGCAACACGUGGAAGACCUUGUAUGGAAAAUGAACUGGCAAGCCGCGGUGUAGAUGUGCCUAACGACAGAUUGCUAAGUGCAGUUGUGACCUAACAAGAGGGUUUGUGAUCGGCGGGAUGUUGGUUCAUGAGGAAUAUGCGCAAAGGGUUGGCAAUCUGGAGUGGGCAGAGACAGAUGUGUGGCCAAGGGUUUGUUAUCUUAAUUGCAAAUAGAUCUGUGUAGAGGGGGUAUUCUGAAUGUGCCAUAGAUUCUUCACGUACCAACGUUAGAAAAGAAUGUGGAGUUGUGAAGAGAGAGGGCUUAAACCACCAGUACCUCCACAUUUUUAGGUCGUUAAUGCGGUGGCUGAAACUGUGCGCCGCACGGGUUCCUAUGCAUUUGAAUCAGAGACUCCCCAGAGGGGGGUCUUAGGUGGACUUGUGAAGAGAGAGGCUUAGUGAAAUAAAUGUGUAUCUAUCAAUGGGAGGGUAGGCCCUAUCGUAGAUGUCCUGGUCAUCUUUAGCUUUUAAAUUUGUUCUUCGUCAGUGAAGUAUGGCCUGUAGGCCCAUGUAGGGUUAUUUUAAUCAGAUCAUUGUGAAGCGUUUGGACCGGCAUUUGACCAGUUGUGAGGCUCUCUGGUUGAAUGAUGGAUUGCCAAUAGGCUUGUCUAUGCCAAUAGACUCUUUGGAAACAAUGCGGAAGAAGGGCAGACUGUCAUCCGGCAGCGGAAUUAUGAGGUAUUGGAAAGGCAGUGACAGAGAUGGUGAUGGCAGGGCCAGAGGGUGAGGGCUCAAUGGUGCAUGAUCUGAAGGUUUGCAGGGUGGACAAGAAGCUUAGCUUCUUGCGUCUUUGAAACCCUUGCGAGAUUGCAAAUAAAAG